AUGAGUGAAAGUCCAAGUGAUAAAAUAGCUGAUCAAAUUAUUAUCAUGCAUGAAGUUGCACAUGCUCGAGGUGCAAAAUCCCUAGUUAUCACCAUACCAGAAAUAUUCUGUGAGCGAACAAAUUGCCCAGGUGUAAAAGAAAGAAGACAGAUCAUAAACAAGCAUUUGCGGAUGUAUGCAGCAGCAGCUGGAAGUAAAGUAUAUUUGUCUGAUUUGGCAUUGAAACUUUCACUUCACCAACUUUCUCUUGAAGAUCGAAAGUCAUUUUGGGAGCCAUCUGGAGUACACUUAAAGGCAAAAGGUUAUGAUAAAAUGGCAGAAAUCAUAUUUAAGGAUCUCAUGGAAUCCAUAGAGUCACCAAUUUUGUAG